UAUUUUAUGGUCCGCAAUGGUGAAAAUUGACUAGGACAAUAGAGAGUGCUUCUACGUCCACAUAAAUACAUGAAUACGUGGAGUAACCCCCCAUCAUACAUCCCACUCCCACCUACUAAUAUGCAGAGGGUGAGGGGCAGCCCCACAGAAACCCGAUGAAUCACACCUGAGGAGGCAAACAGGAAGAGCAGUAGAAGUUGUUUGGCAGCAACGGCAGCAGGAGCAGGUAGGAGACACAACACACACAGUUUCAGAGAUCCAACCAAUCCAGGGGGGCCUUCACCUCUCCACCCUAUCCCAGACCAGACCAGAUCAGACCAGUCCAGAUCAGAACCAGACCCAGACCAGAACUAAACCAGUUCAAACCAGACCAGACCAGUCCCAAUCAAGUUGUUUAAGGCGUAGCGGACUGAGAGAUGAGGGGUAGGGCUCUCUGACCCCUGACACUAACAAGGUGGUGUAACCUCCAACCCCUGUGGCUCCUCCGAUGUUCUCCAGAAAGGACAGCCUUCCCUCCCCCAGCUUGGAAGACUCCUUCUUCCCCCUCUCCUCCACCUCCUCCCAUUCUCUCUCUCUCAAUUAUCCCUCCUCCAGUUCCUCCUCCUGCUGCCAGGGUGGGAGUGGCUCCAUGGGGAAGGCGGGGUUGAAGGCAGAGCUGGAGGAGGGUCUAGAGACAGAUCUGAUCCUGGCUGCUGAGUUGGGCCAGGCUCUGUUGGAGAGGAAUGAAGAGCUGGCCGAGGCACUGAUACAGAGAGACAGACAUGUAGAGGUCCUGCAGCAGGAGAAGCAUGUUCUCCGGAGGAGAUUGGAGGUAUGUGAGCUGUCGUCACAACAGAGAGAGGCGGAGCUAACCUCCGAACUCUCCUCUUUACUGGCCGAGCUGGACCGACAUCACAGCCGGGGGCAGGGCCAGAAGCGGGAGGAGAACACACAGCUGACUGAGCUGGCCAAUCACAACCACCGCCUGGUGGAAGAGUUGGCAGAGGCGGUGUCAGUAGAACACUCAUUACGUGUGGAACUCCGUUCACUCCGAGAAGAGAUGGAAGACUCCUCCCUCAGCAAAACCAUUAGUUCUACACAACUAGACAACACACAAGCAGAGAACAGGGUGUUGAAGGAGAGGCUGGGUAAUAUGGAGGAACAGUUGAGGCUGUGGCAGGAGGACUGUGAUAGGCUGAGAGGAGAGAGGGAGAGGCAGAGAGAAAGACUGACAGAUCUACAGACCAAUCUGCGAGAGAGAGAAGCCCAGUUGGAGCAGGAACAGAGUGUGGUGUUUGAGUUGCGGACACUGAGCCGUUCUCUAGAGCGGAGAGUCCAGAGGCUGGAAGAGGACACCAGUCUGGAUGACACACACACUUACACACACCCUCUGUCCCUGCUCAGUGAGAUACAGCAGACUCAGGUACUCACACCCCCUCUGUCCCUGCUCAGUGAGAUACAGCAGACUCAGGCUACAGAGACACUGUUGGCCCACUCUACCAUCCUACAAGACAAAGACCAGGAGAUAGACACACUGAGAGAAAAGCUAUGCUCCAGAGAGGCGGAGCUUGAUUCUCUGAGGGAGGAGCUACAGCCAUUCAGGAGCUGUCAAGGAAAACCCAGCUACAGCUCCCUGGAGAGCGAGGUGUGUACGGUGCGAGCGGAGAGAGACAGUCUGACCCAGCAGCUGCUGAACACCAUUCAACACAAGGUGGUGCUGUCGCAGGAGGUCGACGCAUGGCAGGAGGACAUGCGGCUGCUGAUAAGUCAGCAGGUGCAACAGCAGGCAGAGGAGAAAGAGAGAGAAAAGGAACAAGAGAAAGAGAGCAAGAGGAUGGGGCUGCAGAGAACUCGGUCCAUGAGAGUCAGAGGAGAGAGAGGGAAAGGAGGAUUCUUCUCUUCUCUCUUUAAAGGAGAUGAAUAGAGAGAUGGAGGGACAUAGAAAUGGGGGAGAGAGGGAAAGAGAGGACAGGUAUUUGAUGUAAAUAUUGAAAUAUAGAUCACAUGGUUAGAUAUUUAGUUUAUACUGUAAUGUUUUACACAUUCGAAAGUCUCUCAGCCUAUCACACAAUGUUAUGCAAAUUAGUUCCUGUAUGUGAGGAUACUGGGGGUAGUUUUUGGUGAGGCGUUUGUGCAGCGGGUCAGUGCUGGUGUGCACUGUAUGUGUUCAUCCAAAUAAAUUACAAGUUGAUUAUUUUAUGGGAAAUCAGUGUCCUAGACUGUUUACGCUAGUCAACAAACUACAUGCGCCUGUCGGUGGCCUUACAGGCUCAUUACAAUACUAUACCACGCCCAUGUAAUGUUGAGAAUGUACUACUGUGUAUAUUUAGUAUGUUCUACUGUGUAUAUUUAGAAUGUUCUAAUGUGCAUAUUUAGAAUGUUCUCCUGUGUAUAUUUAGAAUGUUCUACUGUGCAUAUUUAGAAUGUGCUCUUGUGCAUAUUUAGAAUGUUCUCCUGUGCAUAUUUAGAAUGUUCUACUGUGCAUAUUUAGAAUGUGCUCUUGUGCAUAUUUAGAAUGUUCUACUGUGUAUAUUUAGAAUGUUCUACUGUGUAUAUUUAGAAUGUUCUACUGUGCAUAUUUAGAAUGUUCUACUGUGCAUAUUUAGAAUGUUCUACUGUGUAUAUUUAGAAUGUUCUCCUGUGCAUAUUUAGAAUGUUCUACUGUGCAUAUUUAGAAUGUGCUCUUGUGCAUAUUUAGAAUGUUCUACUGUGUAUAUUUAGAAUGUUCUCCUGUGCAUAUUUAGAAUGUUCUACUGUGCAUAUUUAGAAUGUGCUCUUGUGCAUAUUUAGAAUGUUCUACUGUGCAUAUUUAGAAUGUGCUCUUGUGCAUAUUUAGAAUGUUCUACUGUGUAUAUUUAGAAUGUUCUCCUGUGCAUAUUUAGAAUGUUCUACUGUGCAUAUUUAGAAUGUUCUACUGUGCAUAUUUAGAAUGUUCUACUGUGCAUAUUUAGAAUGUUCUACUGUGCAUAUUUAGAAUGUGCUCUUGUGCAUAUUUAGAAUGUUCUACUGUGUAUAUUUAGAAUGUUCUACUGUGUAUAUACAGUGCCUUGCAAAAUUAUUCAGCCCUUUAUGGAUUUAUGACAAUGAAAUAAUUUUUUUCAUCCCACAUUUUCAUAACACAAUAAAAUAUGAAGAAAUCCAAGGGGUCUUGAAAACAUUAUGCAAGGAGCUGUAUAUACAGUAUAUUCAUGAUACUAUUGUGUUUAUAUACAGUAUAUUCAUGAUACUAUUGUGUUUAUAUACAGUAUAUUCAUGAUACUAUUGUGUUUAUAUACAGUAUAUACAUUCAUGAUACUAUUGUGUUUAUAUACAUAUAUACACUACCAUUCAAAAGUUUGGAGUCACUUAGAAAUGACCUUGUUUUUGAAAGAAAAGAACAUUUUUUGUCCAUUAAAAUAACAUCAAAUUGAUCAGAAAUACAGUGUAGACAUUGUUAAUGUUGUCAGUGACUAUUGUAGCUGGAAACGGCUGCUUUCUUAUGGAAUAUCUAUAUAGGCGUACAGAGGCCCAUUAUCAGCAACCAUCACUCCUGUGUACAGCUGAAAACUGUUGUCCUGAAUAAAGAAGAGAUAAAACUGG